AUGUCUAGCCAGCCAGAGUUUUCUGUUGACUUGUCAGACCUUACAAACAUAUUUGAAUAUGCUGGAUCUCGUCUUCUAGCAAUUCACAUCAAGCUAGAGAAGACAAAGCUCAAACUCUCACCAAAGGCUCGCAACACUGUCAGCAGGUACCUGAAUUGGGAGGCAGAGGCAUUUACAUUGCCUUGGAUCGGCCUUUGCAGCGGCAUAUCUAUGAGCCUGCCAUUGUCACAAAACCUCCGGUAUCAUAUCAGCAUGGUUGCAAUGAAACAGCUCUAUAUGGUGGCAAAAUUCAAGGACAUAUACGAUGCAUUCAUGACCUUGAAGCAUGCUUGGUGGAAGGGUUCAUUUGCAGACAUGCCUGAUGAGGACCUGUUAGGCUCCUACCUGAAUUGCGUCGAACUGAAGGCAAUGAUCGCUGAGCAUUAUGAGCAAUUGCCUGAAGGAAUAGGGUUGGUCAUGCCGGCAAUGUUGAUCAUCCCAAAGUCCACACCAGUCACUCAGCAAUUGUCCAACAUCACCGGCAAGGUAGAGCAUGAAGGACAUCAUAUUGUCAAAAUGUUGGAAGAUAAGGUUAUAGAGGCACAAAUAGUGGCCGCCAGCCUCCUCCAGAUGGAGAGCGCGCUGGGUGAAGAUAUUAUGGCGGCCAUCCCUGCGACAGAAAAACUGGCAAAAUUUCUGAAAAGGGAGACCAGUCCAUGA